AUGGCUGGUAGACGAUAUGAGGCAAAUGAAGCGGGGCGUCUCUUGCGAGUGCUAAUGGAUUUGAGGAAUCGCGCAGAGGCUGAGAACGACAAUGAGGGCGCGCAUAAUUUAUCAGGAAUCGGGGCUCAGGCACUCGCUGCUCUCUUGUCAGGGCGAUUUAGCAACAACUGGGAGGAAGAAGACGACGACGACGAUUACUACCCUUCAGACGAGGAUGACCGUCACUCUGAAGAUGAACUAGUUACCGAGCCACAGCCAGAAGGCGUUAAACUAUUAAGGAGCGGCGAGUAUGGUCCCAUACGGUCUUACCAAGGGGUCGAAAAUACCAAAGUAACGCCAAAGACCCUCUUCAAACCUUCCAUUCGACCUAUAUAUAGCUCUCCGACAAGAGAUCUCACAGCUAACCUGGUUCCGAAUACAAAUGGAACGACCGUUGCAACAUACGGCGCCAAUAUGUACACCGCCCAGUUCUCGGACGACUCGUCCUUCUACUAUACCUGCUCCCAAGACUUUAACCUCCAUAUCUUCGAUAUGACCAAGCCUCCCCAGAAAUUUGGUCACAUCGGAAGCAGAGGCAAUAGUCUGAAGUCCACCAUGCCGUUGAGAAAGGAAAUCAGAGGUCAGGAAGGUCGAUGGACCAUCACCGACGCCAAUCUCUCCCCGGAUAACUCUAGAAUCAUAUAUUCUUCGAUCCACCCCACGGUCUACAUGACGAGUACCUCUCCGGAGGGUUCGUCGACUCAGAUCCCAAUCAAUUUCAGCGACAACAGACACACAGCAUACUAUAGUAGGUUUGGCAUCUGGAGUUGUCGCUUCUCCGCAGAUGGCAACGAAGUCGUCGCAGGAGGCGACGGUAAGAUUUUUGUGUACGACCUUCUCGCCGAUCGAAGGACAGUGAAGAUAGAUGCCCACGAUGACGAUGUCAAUAGUUGCUGCUGGGCUGAUACGGGUUCUGGCAAUAUUUUAGUCAGUGCGUCUGAUGAUUCCUAUCUAAAAGUCUGGGACCGACGGUCACUGUCGUCGAAGAAGCCCUCAGGGGUUCUCAUGGGCCAUACGGAGGGAAUCACCUACGUUUCGGCGAAAGGCGAUGGACGAUAUGUCAUCUCCAAUGGCAAGGACCAGACCCUCCGUCUUUGGGACCUUCGUCAAAUGAGAAGCAACAAGGAUAUGGACACUGUGGGUGGGGCACAUUUCGGUCUUCAUGGCUUUGACUAUAGAUACUCUCACUACCCUCGAUCGCGAAGGGGGCGGCACCCCAUGGACUGCAGCGUGAUGACUUACACUGGGCACAGUGUGUUGCGGACGCUUAUUCGGUGUCAUUUCAGCCCAGCUGAAACGACCGGGCAACAGUAUAUAUACUCAGGUUCUUCUGACGGGAGAGUUCAUAUAUGGUCCCUCGACGGCAGGGUCGUUCAAAUUUUGGACCGCUCCAAGACAUUGCCCCCAUCUUUCUCGCCUUCGGAACCCGAACCUCGAGAGUUACCCCGUCAUGGCCCCCGUUUGACUUGCGUGCGGGAUGUCAGCUGGCAUUCACAGGAACCUGUUUUAAUGAGUGCUGCAUGGGAUCACAGAGUAGAGGGGACGGCCAUUGCCCGACAUGAAUGGAAAGGUUUGUCCAAGCUCCGGGGACGCCUGGACACUUGGGUGGAGAAGCAACAGGCGGAAGCCCAAGAGCAUGAGAGGAGAGGCCUGCCCUUGGCACGGGCAGCAGUCCAGAGGAUGUCUCGGCAAAUGAUGCCUGGAGGAUUGUAUGACAACAGUGACGAUGACGAAGAAGGAUCCGAGUAUGACGAAGAUAACGAUGAAUGAGGGGACGUUGGGCCACUUAUCGCAACGCAUUCAGUAGCCAGUUCCUUUCGUCGUUUCUGUAGACUCCUAUUCCCUCGGUGCCUGUAGGCACUCAAAGCUUGUAGUUUUAGUCCACGAU